AUGAACUCGAAGAACCCCAAGAAGUGCCCCCAGUAUAAGAAGAGUAGAAACAAGGCCCAGGAAAAAUUUCUCAGGAAGUUUCCAUACAGGUUCUCUUGGCUGACGGAACCUACUGUAGAGUUCCUGAAGCCCUGGGAGGUCACGAAGAUGACCACCACACUGAGGGAUCAGCUGCCCCUGCAGAAGACUUUGGUGCCAACAAGAUCCAUUCCAGUCAGAGGGCUUGGGGCCCCAGAUUUUACGUCACUGUCCUGCUUGAGCCCUCCGCUGCCACCGCCUCUACUGAGCCAACUUUGGGAACUCAAGCUAGUGAGCCGCCGCUUCCCUGGGCCAGGCGCCCCCACUGUCCCCCCGCCGGCACCUGCGCUGCCCACCCCUCCAGAGGCCUCCUCUAGAGCUCGGCACCGAGCGGCCUCCCUCGCGGCCACCUGUCCCGGGCUCUCCAGGCAGUGGCCACAGAGCACUCCCUUCCGGACAGAGGUGAACUCAAGUGAGGGGAACCACCCUGACGGGGCUCUUCAUCUCCUCAGAUCCCACGCCAUGUGA